AUGUCAGCCAACAAAACCUCAAGAAUAGGAGAAGAAACACGAGUCGAUAAAGUGAACGCCGAACUGGUCACAUUAACCUACGGCACGAUCGUUGCACAAUUAUGCCAAGACUACGACAGUGAUUACCAGGAGGUCAACAAGCAGUUGGACAAAAUGGGAUACAAUAUCGGAAUGCGCCUCAUUGAAGAUUUCCUGGCCAAGUCGGGUGUCGGGCGAUGCGCCAACUUCAAAGAGACAGCAGAUAUGAUUGCCAAGGUUGGCUUUAAGAUCUUCCUGAACGUCACACCGACAGUCACGAAUUGGGCAAGCGACAACAACCAGUUUUCUCUUAUCUUCGAAGACAACCCUCUAGCAGAUUUUGUGGAGCUUCCCGACGAUGGGCGGGCUCAAGAUGAGCUAUGGUUCUCCAAUAUCCUAUGUGGUGUCCUCCGAGGGUCUCUGGAAAUGGUUCAAAUGCAGAUCGAAGCACACUUUGUUAGCGACGUGCUGCGCGGAGAUGAGACGACUGAGAUGCGGGUUUCGCUUGUACGAUACAUCGAAGAUGAGAUGCCACCGGAAGAAGAGUGA